CUACUUCCGGGGUAAAUAAUUCGAUUUAAAAGCGCCAAUUCGGUCUUGACGGUCUGUUUGCGCUGAUUUCUGCUUGAGGCAAUCUCCACGUCCAGAAUGGGAGACCCUCCCUAAGGCUGCCUUUCAGUUAAAUUUGUAGAACCGGUAGCCAACAUGGCCAAAAGAACUUAUGCACGACGAGACUUGGAGCCAGUGCCAAAUAGUGAAGAAGACGAUGAGGAUUCAUCAGAGUGGGAGUAUAAAGAGGUGACUGAAUCUGAGAGUGAUACAGCAGACAAAGUCGAUCUAAAGCGCAGACCUCGAAAAUCUCCCAAGACUGUCGAGCAGGACGCCCCACAGCAACCCGAGCAGAGACCAGGAGAAAUAUUCAUGUCCAGGAAUGGUCAGAUUGAAUGGUCAUCAUCUCCAAAGGUUGCACAACCUCGCCCUCACACAAAAUUAAAGAUACCUGGACCCACAAGGAUGGCGGUGAGCCGUGUCCAUGAUAUAAGAUCAGCGUUCGAGCUAUUUCUGCCAAAGUCAAUUCAGAAAAUUGUUCUGAAAAUGACCAACCUCGAGGGAGAACAUGUUAUAGGUGAGCAAUGGAAAGAGGUAGAUAACACAGAGAUGCUUGCCUACUUUGGGCUCCUUAUCCUUGCAGGUGUCUACAAAUCAAGAGGAGAGUCAGCUCUGAGUCUGUGGCAUAAAGAGAAAGGAAUACCUUAUUUCCAAUCAGUAAUGUCAUUGAAAAGCUUCUAUAUGUUCUCAAGAGCCAUCACAUUUGAUGAGUGGGCAUCAAGAUGUGAGAGACGGCAGAAGGACAAGUUGGCAGAAAUACGAACUGUGUGGGAUAAAUGGGUGAAACGACUUCCACUUAUGUAUAAUCCUGGAUCCAAUGUGACUGUGGAUGAACGCCUUGUUGGAUUUAAAGGCCGUUGCCCGUUCAGACAGUAUAUGCCCUCCAAACCAGCAAAGUACGGCAUAAAAAUCUGGGCUGCAUGUGAUGCUGCUUCCGCCUAUGCGUGGAACAUGCAAAUCUACACAGGGAAGGCAAAAAGUGGAAUCUCAGAGAAAAACCAGGGAAUGCGGGUGGUGCUCGACAUGACACAGGGCCUCAGCGGCCACAACAUCACUUGUGAUAAUUUUUUCACAUCAUACAACCUGGGACAANGUAACAUGACUAUGGUUGGCACAGUCAGACACAACAAGCCAGAGUUGCCGCCUGAGCUUUUGACUGUGAAGGACAGGGAAGUGACAUCCUCGGAGUUUGCAUUCACAGCCAAUACUACUCUGGUGUCAUACGUACCACGAAAGGGCAAGAAUGUGAUGCUGAUGAGUACACAGCAUCGAGAGGGACAGAUCAGUGACAGAAAACACAAGAAACCAGAGAUCAUUAUGCAAUAUAAUGCCACAAAAGGAGGGGUAGACACUUUAGACAUGGUCACGGCCCGUUAUAGCUGCAAGCGAAUGACUUCACGGUGGCCCCUUGUGGUCUUUUUUAACAUUCUGGAUGUAUCUGCGUACAAUGCUUUAGUGAUCUGGCUGGCAGUUGACCCAAAGUGGGAAAAAAGUAGAUUCCGUAUAAGACGGAGAUUGUUUCUAGAAGAGCUGGGAAAGGCGCUUGUGUCCCCUCAAAUCCAAAGAAGAACGAGAAUUCCAAGGUCACCAGCAGCUGCUUUGAUUGCAAAAAAGUUUCAAGAGGUGACUGUUGACCGCCCACAUUCACGACGCAAACUGCAGUUACUUAAAGGUGCAGCUGAUGAUGGAAAGAGGAGACGUUGCAAGGACUGUCCCUCUUCAAAAGAUGUGAAGACACGUUCCACAUGCAUGACCUGCGCCAAACUUAUUUGCGUUAGGCACACAGCGAAAAUGUGCUUUCAAUGUGUGGGAGUAGAUAUGAACAUGAAAUAGGACCUUAGGCACAGCCCUAAUUUAACACACCUGAUACAGGUAAUCAGGCCCUUCAGUAUCAUUAUUAUGCCUUGUCCACACGUACACAGAUAUUUACAGGUGUUUUUCCUCUUCCUUUUUAAAAAAAAUAAAUAAAAAUCCCCAUCCACACGAACAUUGUCUUCUAAAAAAGAAGACAAUGUUCGUGUGGACAGGGAUUUUAUUAUUUUUUUUUGCAAAUUGUGGUACUGUGGUUCUAUUUGUGUAUGAUAAAAUCAUUUAUCCAGCAUUGCUUAAGAAUUAUUUUAGUCUUUUCUGUGAAUUUUGUCUGUGUUGCUAUUUGCUAUUAAUGACCAAUUAUUGUAUCCCCACUAAUUCUUUUUCUUUGAAUACACUAAAUAUAAGAAUACAAUUUUUGUGUAUCUGUACUGCUUUAAAAUCACAGAUAUGAUCUGGGUCACUUUAGCCCAGGCCAACACUACCAAACAGUACAAUGUCUCAGCACAUGCCCAGUUUUAGACUAAGUACUUUCUUUGUCAUUUUUGUAACCCGAGAGAUGAAUAGUAGUAAAACCAUACAGUUAUUCUGACACUAGCUGAGAUACUGAAACAGCUGUUUUUCACUGUUAUGCCGUCUGCUUGUUUCUUUUGUUACUAUUUGAUGCUGCUAUCCCAUGAUCCUCCCCGAUUCCCCACCAUAUUAUAUACCUCCUUUGGGUAUUAUAAGAGAUGAUUAAUGCAGGCCUGUGCUUUUUAGUUUUGUGUAAAAAUGGACACGGUAACAUUCUGCCUUGUUAAUGUUUUAUUUGUAUGUUGCAAAUAAAAGGAAGCCUGUUUGGCUGAGUUAUGUAGUUGGAA